AUGGCUCUCAGGGUGACAGCAGAUGUGUGGCUGGCAAGACCCUGGCAGUGCCUGCACAGGACGAGGGCACUGGGCACUACGGCAAAAGUGGCCCCCAAGACACUGAAGCCCUUUGAAGCCAUACCACAAUACUCCAGGAACAAGUGGCUGAAGAUGAUACAGAUCCUGAGAGAGCAGGGCCAAGAGAACCUACACCUGGAGAUGCACCAGGCCUUCCAAGAGCUGGGGCCCAUUUUCAGGCACAGUGCAGGGGGAGCACAGAUUGUGUCUGUGAUGCUGCCUGAGGACGCUGAGAAGCUGCACCAGGUGGAGAGUAUCCUCCCGCAUCGGAUGCCCCUGGAGCCGUGGGUGGCCCACAGAGAACUCCGUGGCCUGAGACGUGGUGUGUUCUUGCUAAAUGGGGCAGACUGGCGCUUCAACCGACUGCAGCUGAAUCCAAAUAUGCUGUCACCAAAAGCCAUUCAAUCUUUUGUCCCCUUUGUGGAUGUGGUAGCAAGGGACUUUGUGGAAAACCUGAAGAAGAGAAUGCUGGAGAAUGUUCAUGGAAGCAUGUCUAUAAACAUUCAGUCCAAUAUGUUCAACUAUACCAUGGAAGCCAGCCAUUUUGUUAUUUCCGGAGAGCGUCUGGGCCUCACAGGCCAUGACCUGAAACCUGAGAGCGUGACAUUCACUCAUGCUCUGCACUCAAUGUUCAAGUCCACCACACAGCUCAUGUUCUUACCCAAGAGCUUGACUCGUUGGACAAGCACCCGGGUGUGGAAAGAACACUUUGAUUCCUGGGAUAUCAUCUCUGAGUAUGUCACAAAAUGUAUCAAGAAUGUGUAUCGCGAACUGGCAGAGGGUCGCCAACAGUCCUGGAGUGUCAUAUCCGAGAUGGUAGCACAGAGUACUCUGUCAAUGGAUGCCAUCCAUGCCAACUCAAUGGAACUUAUUGCUGGAAGUGUUGACACGACAGCAAUCUCCUUGGUAAUGACCCUUUUUGAGCUGGCUCGGAACCCAGAUGUUCAGCAGGCCCUGCGGCAGGAGAGCCUAGCAGCUGAGGCCAGCAUCGUUGCUAAUCCCCAGAAGGCCAUGUCAGACCUGCCCUUGCUGCGGGCUGCCCUUAAAGAGACCUUGAGGCUCUACCCUGUUGGUAGCUUUGUAGAGAGAAUCGUACACUCAGACCUGGUGCUUCAGAACUAUCAUGUCCCUGCUGGGACAUUCGUCAUAAUUUAUCUGUACUCCAUGGGCCGAAACCCUGCAGUGUUCCCAAGACCUGAGCGCUAUAUGCCUCAGCGCUGGCUGGAGAGGAAAAGGAGUUUCCAGCAUCUGGCCUUCGGCUUUGGGAUGCGCCAGUGCCUGGGGCGGCGCCUGGCAGAGGUGGAGAUGCUGCUCCUGCUUCACCAUAUGCUGAAAACCUUCCAAGUGGAGACACUGAGACAAGAGGAUAUGCAGAUGGUUUUUCGCUUUCUUUUGAUGCCCAGCUCUAGUCCUUUCCUUACUUUCCGGCCUGUGAGCUAGUCACCUUACAUCUGGGGCCCUAGUCAGUCCACCAGCCUACCUCUGUCCUGACACCCAAGGUCACACUUCUCUGCCAGCAGAAUUUUUUGUGGGGAGGAGGUCACACUGUCAUCAUUCAACACAACUGUACACAGUUUACAGCUGAAGACCUCCAGCAUCAGGUACAAGCAAGGCCAGGGAAGAGAUUAGGACUAUCUUCAGGGCAAUAAGUAGUCUCUCCUGAGCGGUCUUCCCCAUUCUUUCCAACGGUCACUCCAGGUGGCCACGGCCUUUAAAGGGUCUCAGAGUAAAGCCAGAAGUCAACUCCUCCUUAUGUCCUCAUUAUUAUGACAUGACCCACCAAAACAUUUUCACACACAGAUGGGAAUUUUUGGGCAAAAGAUACAUAGAUGAUAGAUAGAUAUAUGAUAUAUUACAUAUGAUAGAUGAUAGAUAGAUAGAUGAUAGAUAGAUAGAUAGAUAGAUAGAUAGAUAGAUAGAUAGAUAGAUAGAUGAUGGAUGACCAGUCAUUUAUGUCUGUGUUUUGUUUGAAGCCUUUCACAGUGGAGCUGGCACAUACGAGCUGGUGAGUCUACAGUGUUUUAAGAGUAGACACAGCUGCACUUGCUAAGGACUGGGUGGUUGUGGUAUCAGAGAUGCAGGCAGGAGGACCUGCUGGAACCCAGAUACUGUGUGAAGUCCCCACAGGGACAGUGGUCUUCCAUGAGGUCAAGGUGUUUCCUGACUUCUGCCAGUGCAUGCUGCUUGGGCAAAGGUAAUUCUCUUGACUUGUGAAAGUGGCCCAGAGCAUAAGAUUUUUUCAGGUCUCCUUUCAGCUGCAAGUCGGUAGGGCGAAAAGUUUUGGCCAAGAACAACCACUUCACAGGGUCUCCUGUGCUCAGCACUAAAGCACAAAUCUACUGGAGAUGUGUGUGCCAAAUUCCAAGGUCUUAGACCUUUGAGUGUGAGGCAGUAUAGAGUCAGGGCCUUUAAUGAUAUAAUUCGUGUGAAAUGAGAUUACUGGGUUGUGCCUACUCCAGUGCCCAGAGAGCCUCCCAAGAAGAGAGUGAGGUGCCAGGUCACAGAGACAGACCCAAGUGGAAGACAGGAAGUCAGACUUCUGUAAGCAGAGGAAAGCAGUUGGAACUCCUACAGUCUUGGCUCCAUCACUCAAUCACUUCCCUGGCUGUGAAAAAUAAACUUGAGUUGUUG